AUGUCGCUCCUAUCUCUGCCAUCUGAGCUUUUGCUGAUAAUCACCAAUUUUCUAGAAGCCGAAAGUGACAUCAACGCCUUCUGCAGAGCGAACAAGCAUCUCUACGCUGUCGCAAACGACUUCCUAUACAAGAACAACAUCACCAACCACAACGGCUCGGGCAUUAUCCACGCCGUUAGGCUGGGCUCCGACGCUGCAGUUCAACGCCUACUUGACUUUGGCGCCGACGUUGACAAAACCAGUGAAGAUAAUGUGACGCCACUCAUCCUCGCCUCAGCAAAAGGGCCAGUGUCGACGGUUAGGAUUCUCCUAGAGAGCGGCGCGGAUAUACAAGCUAGAAGGGAGUCGAAUGGCUUCUACUCGAGGGUGCUUGGGUCUGCAGUUCAAGGGGUCAUGUUACGACUUCUUCACAACUCCUUACUUCGACCUGGGCAAACCAGAUAUGUGAACGCGCUGGAGGCUGCAGUUCUAGCUGGUCAUCAUAUGACUGCCAGGCUUCUACUCGACCACGGCAUUGAAGUUGACAUUCCUGGGAACCUGGCCAGUCCGCUCAUUGCUGCCGCGUUUACAGGCAAGUGUAAGAUGGCUCGUUUGCUGCUUCGACGUGGAGCUGACCCUGAGGUGGUGGAUGGUCGGUUCGGUACGGCCCUGAUUGCGGCAGUAACAGAGGAACAUGAAGGCAUGAUUCGAAUGCUACUAGAUCGCGGGGCCAAUGUCAAUGCCGUUGGGCCGGGCAAUCGCACGGCUCUCACAACAGCCAGACAACUGGAUCUUGAAAAGAUCGAAAAGUGGCUCCUUAAAUAUGGUGCCAAGGAUGUUCGACCCGAUGAAGAGGGCUAG